AACCACCGCACCGCCUUAAAUGCCCCUCCAUCCCCCAUUCCCAUCCCUCCUCACCUCCACCUCCACCUAGCUCUAGAGCCUUCCCUCUCCUCCUCCUCCACAUCCACCGGAGAGAGUGUGUUUAUUGGUUCUUGGAGGAGAGAUGUCCAAGAUGGCGGAGGAGAAGGUGCUGGCGGCGCCGGCCACCGUCGACGGCGGGAUGCAGUCCUCCGGGGACCUGCAGGCUUCGUCGGCGGCGGCGGCGCGUGUGCGGCCCGUCGAGACGCUCCUCCGCGCCGCGCCGCUGGGGCUCUGCGUCGCCGCCAUGGCCAUCAUGCUCCGCAACUCGGUCACCAACGAGUACGGCACCGUCUCCUACUCCGACCUCGGCGGCUUCAAGUACCUGGUGUACGCGAACGGGCUCUGCGCCGCCUACUCGCUGGCGUCGGCGUUCUACAUCGCCGUGCCGAGGCCGGCGACGUUGUCCCGCUCCUGGGUCGUUUUCCUCCUCGACCAGGUGUUCACGUACCUGAUCCUGGCAGCGGGGGCGGCGUCGGCGGAGCUACUGUACCUGGCGUACAACGGCGACAAGGAGGUGACGUGGAGCGAGGCGUGCGGCGUCUUCGGUGGAUUCUGCCGGCAGGCGAGGACGUCGGUGGCCAUCACCUUCGCCUCCGUUGCCUGCUACAUCCUCCUCUCCCUCAUCUCCUCCUACCGCCUCUUCAGCGCCUACGACCCACCCCAGCCUUCCCUCGGCAACAAGGGCGUCGAGAUCGCCGCCUUCCCCCGCUGAUCGCCGCCGCCGCCGGAGACGAAGAAGAAGACGACCACCCAGACGACCACCACCACCACGACAUCCCCAGCUACUAAGCUUGAGCUGCUGCGUGCUUGGGUACUACUACUAGCUAGGCGAGAGCAUGAUUAAGUAAUAAUAAUAAGUACUUUUAUCUCUCCAGCUAAAUAUAUAGUGAUGAGUGCUUUUUAAUUUCUUCUUGUGCUCUGUUAUAUAUAUAUGUGAUUAUCUCUGACCUGAUCAUGAUCAUCGUCGUCAUAUACUCAUAUAUCUCUACUCGAACUCGUGGUAUGUAUGGUUGUUGAUUCGAUCAGCUGUGGUGAACUGAUUGACCCGUUACAAAGAUUGCAAACUGGAUAUGUAUCUGCGGUUAGAGAAUGGGUGGUAUAAUUUGAGA